GUUUCCGCCCCGCUACAGGGCGGGUGCGGCCAUCUUGGGAGCGUGCAAUCAAGGGCUGUGGCGGGAUUGGCUCCGCUUCGGGGCUCGUCCUUUGCUCCCCACCUAACAGGGUCGGAUUCCGAGCCCUAUCCCCGCUGGGCUGGGGCGUCCUAAAGGCCGACUCCUUUCCAGCAGAAGAAACAUUUAAAUUCUGGAAAUAGCGACUGUCAUGGCCAGCAGUCUUAAUGAAGAUCCAGAAGGAAGCAGAAUUACAUAUGUGAAAGGAGACCUUUUUGCAUGUCCCAAAACAGACUCUCUAGCUCACUGUAUCAGUGAGGAUUGUCGCAUGGGUGCUGGGAUAGCUGUCCUCUUCAAGAAGAAAUUUGGAGGGGUGCAAGAACUGUUAAAUCAACAAAAGAAAUCUGGAGAAGUGGCUGUUCUCAAGAGAGAUGGGCGAUAUAUAUAUUAUUUGAUUACAAAGAAAAGGGCUUCACACAAGCCAACUUAUGAAAACUUACAGAAGAGCUUAGAGGCCAUGAAGUCCCAUUGUUUGAAGAAUGGAGUCACGGAUCUCUCCAUGCCCAGGAUUGGAUGUGGUCUUGAUCGUCUGCAAUGGGAAAAUGUAUCUGCAAUGAUUGAGGAGGUAUUUGAGGCAACAGACAUCAAAAUUACUGUGUAUACGCUCUGAGAGACAAACACUUUCUACGUGUUCAUGUUCUCCUGUGUCAUUCCUAUUUGGCCAUAGGACUGAGCAAACUGACCUUAAAUUGGGCAGCRGAAAUUUUCACUUUAUAUUCUGUGUCAUAGGCCAAUCUUGGGUUGUUGUAUUCCAGUAUUUGGAUUGGGACUCUGGAGGAGGGAUAGCUUGGGAUAUGUUUCUCUGCUUUUUGCUGGAGGUCAGAAGUCUGUAGCCUGAUACUGGGCCCAGAACCCAGAAAAUUGGGCCUGUGACCUCUGUUCCAGUAUGCUACCUGAUUUGUUUGGCUGGCCACUAGGUGGCAACAUUGAUUGUUUCUUUGCCGUUUAAGAGAAAUUUCAGGAAGAUUGAACAUUUGAGUUACUUGUGCAUCUUUUGUCAUUUGUGCAUUUAACUUGGCAUUAUUCUUGGUGAAAUUCAUCCUAGGAGAGAAUCAUGUUUUGUUUGUUAAUACAAAAUUGAAUUCUACAUUGUUAACAAGGAAUUUGUGACCAAAACGGAAAAAUAAAUCUCUUUUCCUUGGGGUUCAA